CAGAGGUCACGUGGUCACUCUCUGCAGCGCUGAGGAGGAACCAGGCCCUUUAACAGCAAACAUCCAGAAGGUUUUUCACGUUUUUCUGCCUGUUUCCUGGCGGACUCUGGUCGGGUCAUUCCGGGUUAUACUGACAUUAAGACCCGCCUCGGUGCCUCGGGCUCGUUCAGACUUUGUAAUCUCAUUUCCGGUGUGUUUUUUUCUUGUUUCAGUAACAUUACAUCUGCAGACACACCCCUGGAGAAGUUGGGUGUUAGGCUACAUUUCGACUUGAAUUCCUUGUUUUCUUGUGUUUUAUAAUAGAUUGAAUAAUGGCCUUUCCAGGAUACGGUGCUGCCCCUGGCGGCGUCGCGCAAGAUCCUCUCUACGGAUAUUUUUCAGCUGUAGCUGGACAGGAUGGACAGAUCUCAGCAGACGAGCUGCAGAGCUGCCUCACACACUCCGGCAUCUCCGGCUCAUACAAACCCUUCAGCCUGGAGACCUGCAGACUGAUGAUCAGCAUGCUGGAUAGGGACAGGUCCAACAGCUUGGGCUUUGCAGAGUUCAAGGAUCUGUGGCAGGUUCUGAACGGCUGGAAGAUGACCUUUGCAUCGUAUGACCGGGACCGCAGUGGGACGGUGGAGGGCCAAGAGCUGCAGCAUGCUGUCGCCGCCAUGGGUUAUAAUCUGAGUCCUCAGGCCAUGAACAUCAUCAUGAAGCGCUUCAGUUCACAGGGCCGGAUCACCUUUGAUGACUUUGUGAGCUGUUGCGUGAAACUCCGUGCGCUGACCGAUCAGUUCCAAAGAAGAGACACAACCCGAACUGGCAGCGCCUCAUUUCAGUAUGACGAUUUCAUCCAGGUCACCAUGGCCAUAUGAAGAGGAAGACACACCGAAGAGGAGACACACCAGCUUUUUAAUAUGUUUUAUUAACAGCGUGUACUUUCAAUGUGUUUUUUUUACACUAACAAUGUCGCUUUCACAUUCCAUUUCACCUUGAACUGUAUGUUAAUGUUGUAUGUUAAUGGAGACUGGAACAAACUAAUGAGACUAGAGUAACCUCAGGCUGCACCAAUGAACCACUACGUGCCCAUGUUAGCCCAUAGCGCUUGCUGGCAUAUGCGUGUACACAUGCUUUAAAAUGAAUAAAUAUGUAAUGUCACAAAGUGAUGAUUGGCACACGUUGACUGCCUUUGUUAAUAGCUGUCUUAGUGUGUUUUUUGGUUUGUGUUGUUGAACUAUUUGUAGAGUUUCAUUGUCCAUUACUUUCAUUUGCUGUUGUGCUAAAUACAAACUUCACACAUCACAUC